AUGCGGGCCGGCUCUGGUUGGUGGGCUGUUGCCACGAUCGCCUGGCUUCGCGGCGGAGAUGCCUGCACCGAUCUGAUUCCAGGAUGGCAGGACAAGGAUGGGCGUGACUGCAACCAUUACCGCAACACCAAGAAGUGGUGUACUCCGACGGGGGCGUAUGACCACGAGUGGGAUCCAGAAUUUCGAUCUUUCUUUGCCGACUACCUGCUGCCGAACGAGACGCUCACCGCGGUGGAUGUUUGCUGCAGCUGCGGCGCCGGCCUUUGCAAAGACGAGAAGCUAUGGCUCGACUCUCGCGGUUGGUCUUGCGACCAGUACUACCAGGAGGGCUGGUGUCCAUCUGGGAUCCCUGCAGGAGAGAGCCUGCAGGCCUAUGCGGUGGACAACGUGUCCGCUGCCGAAGCCUGCUGCCAAUGCGGCGGCGGUUGUCAAAGUUCCAGCACCUGGGUAGAUUCCCGGGGAAACAACUGCAGCGCGUACUACCGCCAGCAAUGGUGCGCAUGGUCCGGCGGUGUAGGGCCUGGAUGGGACAGCAGUUGGGGGGCGAUCGAAGAUUACGCCGUGGGCGGGCAGAGCGCCUGGGACGCCUGCUGCGAAUGCUCCCGCUGCAAAGAUGACGUGAUCCUCUACGACCAGGAUGAAGUCGCUGCUUGGGCAGCGCAGGAUUGCCGCGUAGUGCGAAAGCUGCGGCUGACGAAUCUUGCGGACGACCCCAGCGCCCUCUCGCAUGUGCGAAGUAUCCACAUCCUCGAGGUGAUCCAAUCCCAAGUCACGUCUUUGGCCGGCUUUGCGAAUGCCAUCGUCGGCGAUAUUCGCAUUCUUGGCAACUUUCUACUGGCCAGCUUGGAAGGCAUUGGAGGUGCUUAUGACACGAUCAUGAACUUCUUGAUCGCCAACAUGCCCUUGGUGACGUCGUUUUAUGGCCUGCCGCGCUUCAGGAAGGUCUUUCGGCUUUGGCGCAUCUUGGCGAUGCCUGCCCUGGUCGACAUCGCAGCCAUGGGCAACCUCGAAGAGGUCGGCUGGAUGGAUGGCUACGAAAUUGAGGCGAUGAAGUCUUUACACGGCUUGGAGCGUUUGCACACGAUCCGAACGCGCAGCUUUCUUCAAAGAUCGGUCCUCUUUACCCAAAACCGGCUAGAGUCGCUGGAUGCCUUCGGCGGAUUGCGCGGUACGAUUGCCGGAACCGUGCACAUGGAGUUUAGUCCCACCGUGAACGGCAGGAUGUCAGCACAAGGCUUCCUCGGCUUCACGACGGCCUGCUCGUCCUUUUGCUUCCUCAAGGGAGUAACGCUUGUUGCCAUUCCGGCGCCCCUGGAGGACAGCUACUGCUUCCCGGACGAGGACAGACUGGCGCUCUCUUUCAAAGGGGGCAUUUCUCUCUCAGGGGCGCCCCAGCUGGAUCCGGCUUCCUUCGGAUCUGGGUGCACGAGAUGCGCA